AUGGCAGAAGUAGCAUUAGCUAGUGCUGCCUUAAGAUUGGCCGCAUCGCCCCUCUUGAAGAAGCUCCUUGCUGAUGCUUCAACAUACCUUGGAGUGGACAUGGCGCGUGAAUUCCAUCAACUGGAGACCACUAUCAUACCGCAGUUCGAGCUAGUGGUUGAAGCAGCCGACAAGGGAAAUCACAGGCCCAAGUUGGACAAAUGGCUUCAAGAACUCAAGGAUGCCUUCUAUAUGGCUGAAGACUUGCUAGACGAGCAUGAGUACAACCUCCUCAAGCGCAAAGCAGACGGGAAGGAUUCUAUGCCGCCUAAUGACUCUUCCAUUAGCAGCAUAUUUAUGAAGCCUCUACAUGCUGCAUCAAGCAGGAUGUCCAAUAUGAGAUCAGAUAACAGAAAUUUACUUCGCCAUCUCAAUGAACUUAAGGCUACCCUAGCGAAAGCUAAGGACUUUCACGAACUGCUGUGCUUACCAAUUGGUUAUAAUGCAGAGAACCCCACCAUACCAUCAUCCAUUGUUCAUGUGGCUACAUCACUGCCACCUCUGAAAGUGAUCGGUCGUGAUAAGGAUCGUGAUCAUAUAAUAAAUCAUCUUACCAAGACAACUGGUACUGCUGAGUCUAGGACUGCUAUGUACUCCGGAUUGGCCAUUGUUGGAGUUGGAGGCAUGGGAAAGUCCACUUUGGCACAACUUGUUUACAAUGACAAGCGGAUAAAAGAAUUUUUUGAUGUGACGAUGUGGGUAAGCAUCUCACGCAAACUUGAUGUUCACCGUCAUACACGGGAGAUCAUCGAGUCUGCUUCUCAAGGGGAGUGCCCACGCAUUGAUAACCUUGAUACACUUCAGCGUAGGUUGAAAGACUUACUGCAAGAAUCCGGAAAAUUCCUGCUUGUUUUGGAUGAUGUUUGGUUUGAACCUGACAGUGGAAGGGAAUGGGACCAACUAUUAGCUCCUCUAGUUUCCCAACAAACAGGAAGCAAAGUUUUGGUAACCUCUCGAAGGGAUACAUUUCCAGCUUCUCUUUUUUGUGCGGAAGUGUGUCCUCUGGAAAACAUGGAAGACGAUCAAUUCUUGGAACUCUUCAAACACCAUGCAUUUUUUGGACCAGAAAUUCAAAAUCCACGGUUGCGUGAAAAGCUAGAAAAAAUUUCAGAGAAGAUUGCUAAAAGGCUUGGACAAUCUCCUUUGGCGGCAAAAGUUGUGGGUUCCCAGUUGAAAGGGAAAACAAGUAUCACUGCUUGGAAGGAUGCUCUAACUAUAAAUAUUGACAAAUUAGGCUACAAGUAUGGCAUUGAUGAGUUGGUUCAACUUUGGAUGGCAGCGGGACUUGUUGAUUCGUGCAACAAAAACAAGAGAGUGGAAGACAUUGGGAGAGAAUGCUUCAAGGAGAUGAUGUCGGUUUCAUUCUUUCAACCAGUACAUGACGAUUACACACCCAUGUACUGUGUUAUCCAUGAUCUCCUUCAUGAUCUGGCAGAAUCACUAUCCAAAGAGAACUAUUUCAGAUUGGAAGAUGAUAGCAUAACAAAAAUACCAUCCACCAUCCGACACUUGUCUGUUAGCAAUUUGAAGAAGCUGCGCGUACUAUAUUUGUCAUCUUAUAGCAGCAGUAUGUUGCCAGAAUCAGUUGGGAAGUUGAAGCACCUUCGAAUAUACACAUCAAACAAGAAAGCAUUGUGUCAAAUUCCUAACAUUGGCAAGCUAACUUCACUUCAACAAUUUGAGGAAUUUUCUGUGCAAAAUAAAAAAGGUUAUGAGUUAGAACAACUGAGGUAUAUGAAUGAGAUUCGUGGCAGUUUAAGUGUCACAAAUCUUGAGAAUAAAGCUGCUUAG